UCAGAAUAGAAUCGUAACCAAUUUUUUUUUUGUCGUCGGAAAUCUUGUCAUUUUUUUGUUUGUUAAGUGUUAUUUAUAUCAUAACUGAAUAGUUCAGAGCGUUGACAGUCGUUAGCAUAUAUCUAGAACGCCGCAGCUGGUGUCUUUGAAUGAAUAAUGGUGCCCAAAAAUCAAUUUCAGCAGAACCGGAACAUGCAGCAGCAACAGAUGCAGAUGCAGUAUCCGAACCAGCAGGUUCAGUAUCCGCAGCAGCAGCAGCACCACCACCACCACCAACAGCAACAACAACAGUAUCCGCACCAGCAACAGUUUCAACAGAAUCGUCCUAAUAAUAAUCUUAAUAAUAAUGGCAAUGGCCACAAUAAUAAUAUCAACAAUGCUCGUGCCGCGGCAGCGCCGUAUCGGAAACCCUUCCGGCAGGGGAACAAAAAUAAUGGUCACAACGGAAAUGGUGGCAACGGCGGACAUGGUCCGAAUUCCGCCAGCGACGACAUCUACUCCUCCUGCCAAAUGCCCAGCGAUCCGCUCUACAUCGACUUUAACAGUCCCUCGUCGGGUGGUGGUGGAGGCGGUGGCGGGAACCAGGGGAAUUACGAAGAUCAGGGUAAAAAGAAGCAAAUGAAGGGCAGCAACAAGCAGCAACAGCAGCAGCAGGGUAACAAUAACAACAACACCAACAAGCAGCAAGGAUACAAUAACCAAAUGAACGGGCACAACGGAGGCGAUUGGCAGCGUUAUCCUAAUCCCAUACAGACUCGCGGUGGUUUCAAUGGGUUCUUACGCGGGCCACGCCCCAUGAUGCCGCCAAUGGGUCCUGGUCCAAUGGGACCUGGCGGACCCAUGGGUCCCGGCGGGCCAGGACCACGUGGCGCCGGGCCCAUGCCGCCGUUUCCGCCAAUGCCGCCGUUCCAGCCGGGCAUGCGGAUACGCGGUCCCAUGGGUGGGCCCCGCAUGGGUGGACCGCCGAUACCGCCGCCCCACUUUAUGGCCCGCAAUGGUCCCUGUCCGGGACCAAUGAUGGGCGGUCCGCCCAUGCACAUGAUGGGAAUGAGAAUGCCGCCCCGUGGUCCGCCGCCGUGCGGCCCCUUCGGCGGGCCGGGCAUGAACAUGAACGGCGGCCGCAUCAAAAAGCCGAAUCCCAAUCUAAUCAAGCAGGGCAUCAAGGGCAAGAGCACCAUCAAGACCCUGAAGCACCUGAUCAACCAGUAUCCCAUCGACAAGCCGUGGGUGACGGACGAGAUACGGUCAGAGCACGCCAAGAAGCUGGACAUCGAGAACCGCCUGAAGGGGCACAAGGACGACGAGCUGUUUGCCCAGUUCCGGGUGCAGCGGGACAAGUUUGUGACCAAGUACGAGGCCGCCCGGGAGGAGUAUCUGAAGCAGGAGGCGGCCAGCGUAAAGGCGGCCAAGGAUGCCAAGUCAGACAAAGAUAAUGACAAAAAUGCAAAUUCAAAUCCGAAUACGAAUCCGAAACCAAAUCCAAAUCAGGGCGACGCCAAAGAUGCAACUAUUUCAAGUCCCUAGGCAGACCAAAACGUAACCAAAAGAAGAUAUCAGAUCGCCACCCAGACAGACCCCCCUAGAGAUACAAGCCAUAUAUGUAUAUAGAGGAGGGAGAGAAGAUCUAUAUAUAUAUAUACAACAAAGAACCUUGAUCAGAUCAGAGAUGUCUGAGACUCGUAGAACUGAGCUUACAAACCCGUAAACACACCACACACACAGCCUGCCUAAAAUAAUUAAAUAAAUUAAAUAAAUCAUUUGCUUUCGAUUGAUCCCCCGAUAUGGGAAUAAUAAUAAUAAUAAUAAUGAUAAUAAUAAUAAUAAUGAUUAUGAUCCAACAUAGUGAUAAUGAGAUCGAAAACCUAAAACUAACUAUAAUAAUGAAUGAGAAUGUUGAUGGAUCAGGAUCUGAUUAUAUAUUUCUAAUAUGACUUUUGUUGUAACGUAGAGUAUAUUGUCCUCUAACUGUAGUUGUAACUGUAACUGUAAUUGUAAUUGUAACUGUUUCUGUAACCGUUUCAUCAUUAUGUUCGAAAAUCGUUAAAGUU